AUCCUCUUUUGGAAUCUUAGUUUCCUUUGCUUUUCUCUAAGUACUAUAAACAGGACAAAAAAAAAAAAACAAAUUGCUUCCUUUUAACUCUUUCAAAUAAAGAUUACAUUCAUGACUUCCAUUUCUCGAGCUCUUUGCUCUGAUGGUUUCUUUACAAGGCCUCCGGGAGUUCACAGUAUUCAACAGUUAACUUCUUCACUAAUUUCGUCAAAGUUUCAGCCUUUGCUGAGAGAACUGAAGCAGGUUUCUUUGAGACUUGAUAUUUCUAAAGGGAUCAAGAACGCGUCUCAGAGAUUGCUAGAUUUGUUGGUGGAUUCUACGUUCAAAUUUACUGCUCAGCCAUUGCUCCCUUCUCAGAGAAACUUUGCGCCAGUUGAUGAGAUCGGACCUUGCUGGGUCAGAAUUGAUGCUGACCGCAUCGAAGGAGAGGUGCCGUCCGAUUUCCCCGAGGGAUUCUACAUAAGGAAUGGAUCGAACCCGUUGUUUGGAGCUUUGCAAUCAACAGAAUCAGUGUUCGGGAGAUCAAGCGAAACAUGGGUGGAAGGUGAAGGCAUGCUUCAUGCUAUACGUUUCGCUAGAGAUGCUGAUAGCGGAAAAUGGAAGGUGUCUUACAAGAACCGAUACAUACAGUCCGAUACGUUCCGGAUCGAAAAGGAAAAGAACAAGCCCUGCUUCCUCCCUGCCAUCGAGGGCGAUUCUGCUGCCAUCUUAGCCGCAUAUUUCCUCAACCAGCUGAGAUUUGGCAAAAUAAACAAGUACAUCAGCAAUACAAAUGUCUUUGAACAUUCUGGGAAGAUUUACUCAAUUGCAGAAAAUCACAUCCCACAAGAGGUUGACAUUUUUAGCCUUGAGACACUUGGUAAUUGGGACCGCAAUGGAGAAUGGGGUAGACCUUUCAUUGCACACCCAAAGAAAGCCCCGGGAUCUGGUGAGCUCGUCAUUGUUGGGGCCGAUGCAGUGAAACCUUAUCUGGUUUUAGGAAUCCUCUCAGCUGAUGGAAGGACACUAAAGCACAAGGUUGAUCUCAAGCUUGAAAGAAGCAUCGUUUGCCAUGAUAUAGGAGUCACUAACAUGUACAAUAUAAUUCUCGAUUUCCCAAUCACUGUUGACAUAAAUAGGCUAAUCCAAGGUGGACCGCUGAUGAAGUAUGAUAAAGAAAGUUAUGGGAGAAUCGGAGUGAUGCCUCGAUAUGGAGAUGCAGAUUCGGUCAAAUGGUUUGAGGUAGAACGAUGUUGUGUCUUUCACAUCAUCAACUGCUUUGAGAAUGGGGAUGAGGUCGUUGUAAGGGGAUUCCGGUCACUAGAAUCAAUAAUUCCAGGACCAGAUCACGGCCAUGAUAAAUUCCAGUGGUUCUCUGAAGGAUUCAAACCUAUCUCAAAAAACAAAGAGUCUAGUUCCGAGGGUCUCAACAAAGGACUCUUCUUUUCUCGUGUUUAUGAAUGGAGGCUAAACAUGAAGACAGGAAAUGCCAUGGAGAGAUAUUUAACAGGAUGUGAAUUCGCUUUGGAAUUUCCUAUGAUGAAUGACAGUUUUAGUGGUCAACAUAAUAAGUAUGGAUAUGCACAAGUUGUGGACUCUAUAGCAAGCUCUAUUUGCGCGAAGCUCAAAUACAGAGGCCUAGCAAAGUUCUACUUUGAAGAACAAUCUAAUGGGAUUUCCGAGGUAGAAGCUGAAAAGAGCACUGAUGGUGGCAUUAAGGUAGAGCAUCACCAUCUUGGAGAUAAUAAGUUCUGUUCAGGAGGAACAUUUAUAUCUAAAAGGGGCAGUCAAGAGGAAGAUGAUGGUUGGAUUGUCGUCUUUGUUCAUGAUGAAGACCUGAAUUCAUCUCAGGUUCACAUAAUUGACACCAAAAGGUUCGGGAGCGACCCUGUUGUCAAAAUAACACUGCCACAGAGAGUCCCCUAUGGGUUCCAUGGAACUUUUAUCCCGAGACGAGCACGAAAUGAGACAUGAACUCUCCGAAAUCUAGAAAAGUAUUGUACAAAACCAAGACUUGUAAUUUGGAAGACUGAUGCAUGCAGUGGUCGUGAACAAAACACAGUAAAAGUUUGAAGUCCGAAAAUUUCAGCUAGUCCGUGAGUAUCACUUAGUGAGACUUUCAACAUAGUCGCUUCAUUAUCAUGAUAUUCUCACAUAUUGAUGCGAAGCUGAACAGCCCUGGUCCUGUCCUAUCUUUAUUACCAUGAUAUUUCACAUAUUGAUUGGAGUGCUUGUUUCUAUUUCACAUAUUUGUUGAGGUUCUUCGUUCUUGUUUCUUUGUCAAACUAAAGGUCUCCUGUUUCUGAUGUAAAUUUUAAUUAUGUAGUGAAUGUUGUAUAUUUGAGAAGAAACAAACUCAUAAUUCAUAGAU